UGGUGGCGUGGAAGAAAAUGCGUCACGUGAUUAAUCAUCCGCCAAAUUUUGGAUGGUGCUUUAAAGUUAGCGAACACAGUUGGUUAAGGACGUUUUCAAACAUGUCACCUGUAACUUUACAGAAUACGAGCUCAGAAAAAGUACCUUUGUCCACGAUAUGAAGAGGUUUUAAUUCGAAAGUUUUAACCGGAAGUUGGUUUUAUUUUUUAUUUUACGUGAACUCGUGGGAUAAAAGUGAAGAGGAGGAAGAUUCAGUGGAUUCUAACCACAGGAACAGUAGCUAUGAACCAACAUUUCCAGGAUGCCGACUUGAAUAACACAGUGGAAAAGCCUGGGCAGCAAUAUUUGGAGAGGAGGAAGCAGGUUCUACCUCCAAAGGGAACUACCACAGGAACCAGUGAUGACUUUGCACAAAGACUUGUUUUGACUGGUGGGUCCAAAGAGCUAAGCAAAGAUUUGAAAUGUUACAACAGAGCUUUGCAUGAACUGUUCAAAGCAGUCGCCAAUCAUCCUGAGCAUUGUAGUCUGCAUGGCAGUAAUGAGGACCUGAGUGCAGACUCCACAGUAGUCCCACUUCAGGAGUCUCAGAUGCUGUUUACAGAAACAGAUGUGACCUUGCCUUCCUAUCUGGAUGGUAGCUCUGGGUCCCAGGAGACUGAGAGUGACAGAGAGCUGCAGUGGGAUUUCCAGUUUCCCAACUCAUGUGACUCAUCUUCCUUUGCACUAGUCAAGAUUUACCGUGAAAUGAUGACCAUACACAAACAGCUAAAGGCAGAGCGACAAAAUCAGCAGCAGCGGGAGAGAGAACUGCAUGAGAGAGAAAGGAGGCUAAAACGGCAAGAAGAGGCUUUUCUGAAGCUGGCUGGGAUGAAAGAGAUGGUCCACAGCCGCAUUGUGACAAUAGAGGAGAAACACCAGCAUGAACUGAGCCGGCUGCAGGACCUUCUUCGAGAGAAAAACAAAGAAAACAAGAGGCUUAAAAGCAACUUUGAGACAAUCAAGGAUCUCAAUGAUAACAUGAAGAAGCAGUCGAAUGAGAUCAGUGAACGAAAUAAGAGGCUGGAGAGCCAAUCCAAGAGGGUGCAGGCUCGGCUUGAAAAUCUUCAGAGGAAAUAUGAGCACAAUUUAGCAACAAGAAGCUGCAACAAAGGGAUUAUUAAGAGUACCGAGUGUUUUAAACCUUGCAACAAGGAGAAAGCAACAGCUUCUGGAAAACCCAACAACAAGGGCAGCGCAACUCCCUCUCCACUGAAGCUCAUGGCCUUUCUGCUGGAGUGGGUGCUUGAUGUAACAGAAAACAAAGUGGAAGGUGUAGGCCGGUGUCUGCCUUCAGAGGUUCUGCUCAGCGAAAGAUGCCUCAAGGUGCUGCCGUUAUUAGCAGACCAGCUUCAUCACACUCCUUUGUCAGAACCUAAGCUCCUCCUCAACCUGCUUCGCCUCAUUUACUCUGCUUUGAGACACUUGGACAACAGCAGGCAGCAUGUAGCACCAUCUGCUACUCUGCAAUGGAUAGGAGAGGAAGUGUCAAAGCCUGCAGAAGAUUCAGAUCACCCUAUGAAAUGCUCUGAAGCAGCUGGAAGUUGGCCUCUUUACCAAAGCCCUUGUCCUCAUACACGGAUCCUUUCUGUCCUCAUUAUCUUCAGCACCAUCACACAAGCUGAUUUGCUGUCCCAGGCACUUGAAAGUCUCUAUGGAGAACUGAUGAAUGAGGAGAGUCGAGGGCUGUUCAUCCACUAUGGAGGAGUGCAGAGGCUGCUUUCAGUGCUUCAGGGGAGUCGCACAGGGCUCAACAUGCCUAUAGACAUUCUGAUGAAACUCAGUGAAGAGUCCUGCUACUUAAAUUCCUUUCUGGAUGCAUGUAGCUGUGAAGAGUUUUUCCAAACAGCUUCCUUGCUCCUUAAAAACCCUCAUCUGGACCUCCCAUCUUUGGAGAAGUUCUCCAUCCUUCUGCAGAAGCUCUCCAACAUCAGGAAGAACCAUCAUCUGUUUGAACUUUCCUCCCUGCAUCUCCAAAUAGAAGAGCUGCAUCACAAAACCAAAAACACACACGCUUUCCUCUGCCUGAACCUUAGAUCGAUCCUCCACAACAUUAAAUAACACAUUUCUCAUCAUGUUGGUCUGCAGAAACUUAUUCAAGAUGACAUCCCUUCUCCUUCACUAUUUCAACACUUUCCCUGGAUUCUGUUUGCCUUUUUCAACUUCAAAAGUACAUGAAAACAGCAGCUCCACCCUGGUUUACCUCAGAUUAAAACUGGAGACAUGCUUCCUUUAUUAGUAAUACAAUGAAGUGUUUGUAUUGUAUUUGUCAUAAGCACUUUGAUUUAAAGCUGUGUAUGUUUUAAGUCUUUCACCCAUAUUUUUUGUUUUCCAAAAUGCAAAUUGUUCUUUUUUUUGGAGAUCAUAAACCCAUUUUUCCAUAUAAAAGUGAGUGUCACUCUUGCCAAGAGAGGUUGUGACUGUAAAAUGUUUUAAUGGCAAUAAACAAAAAGAACUGAAGCAUAUUAAGUUUGGAUGGCACAUGAAGUACUGAACCCCCCACCCCCCCACUGUUUUGUAUAAACUUGUCUCAUUUCUUUUUUCCAGAGCAAGUCUGAGUUGACAGAGAGUAAUAGUCUCAAUAUGAGAUGCGCUAGUGGUGGUUGAUGGAACGCACUGGAGCAAUUACAGCUGAUAUUUCAAAUAUAAUUGGGUCAUGCUUUGGUGAAUUUAAAGGUUAUGCAUUCAGGUUUUUUAAUAUCCGCAAAGCAAAUCCUCAAUUAAUUACAUUUGUUAAAGUGCAGACUUCUGCUCAGGUUAGGUUUUGUGAAUGAAAGAUUUCAUCAUGAUGAAAGAUUUGUGUUUUUAAAUCAUGUGUUUAUGAUUUAAACUGAUUUAAAUUUGCACAUAUUUGAUUCACUGGUAAACAUGACUCACUUCCUGGGAGGCAACAUGUCAUUUUCAGAUAAGACUGACAAGUGAUUUAUAUUUACAUUUUCCUCUUGUUUCUCCCUGUGAAAAUCUGAGCAUCUUCUGCUCCUAUGUUUUUGUAGGUGCCAUCAUCUCCAAACCAUUCAUCACCACAGAUCUCACUGGCAUCUUGUAAAUCUGUCUUUUCACUAUUUCUGCAGUCCUGUCACAAAUGACCCCUGGCACUCAUCUCCACCCACUCUAGCCUGCUGCACUCUUCUUCACCUCGUUUGUGCACUAUACAUUGCUUUAGUUUGAUUGUUGAAACUCAUCUACCUUCACUAUCUCUACUCCUUGCAUGUUCACCUACCUCUACAAAUGUAUUCUGUCCUGCUUCUGCUGACUUUCAUACCUCUUCUCUUCAGUGCAGACCUCCACCUCUUCAGACUGUCUUCCAGGAGAGACUUCCCACAGCCUCCUACCUGACCUCAUCUAUCAGCCUGUUCCUCGAAUUUAAAAAAAAAAAAAAAAAAAAAAAGGUGCUCGGAGCCAAUCCCUUAUGAAAUCCCACCCCCACCUUGAACCCCCCUGUCCAACCACACACCUCAUCACUUUCUUACACGUCCUGCACCAGCCUCACAUACUUUGCUGCCACUGCUGACUUCCUCAUAGUUACCACAGUCCCUCUCUUGGCACCCUAUCAUGCUUUCUUUAGAUCCAUAAAGACACUGUAUAACACCCUCUGACCUGUGUAGUUCUCCAUCAGCACUCUCAAAGCAAACAUCACAUCUGUAGAGCUCUUUCUCAGCAUUGAUCAUCACCUCACCCCAACUCUUUGCCAUGGCGUCUUAGCAUGGCUCAUCAACUUAUUCCAUCUGUAGUGCAUUUCUCUUCUCUUACUGUCCAGUUUCACAUACAAUUCACUAUAAGCCUUUUCCUUUGCCAUCUCUCUAUGCUGUAUAUCCAGCCUCCCUGUACUACGGUCUUCUUCCUUCAUCUCCCACGUUUUCUUUCCCAACCCCUUCCUUUGAAUACUUUACUGUACUUCCUCAUUACACCACCAAGUCUCCUUGUCCUCUUUCAUUUGUCCAGAGGAUACACCAAACCGAUUCUUGGCAGUUUCUCUCAGCACUAUGCCUGUACCUUCCCAGUCAUUUUGUAACUCUUCAUUACUACCCAGAACCUUUCUCAAUUCCUUCCUGAAUUUGGUGCAACAUUCUUCCAUUUUCAGCUUCCACCCUUUAAUCCUUGCUUCUGCCUUCACUCCCUUCCUGUUCUUGAAGUCUUACAGACUACCAUCCAAUUCUGCCUAAUUGCAGAAAGCACCUUGCAGUGUAUAUGCACCACUUUAAUCUGUGUAUAAAGUCAUUUGUAUUUUUCUUUGUUACAAGGAAUACCUGUGUUGUAUCCAUCUUUGAUGUUUUUCAUGUCAUGGGAUGAGAAUGGAUAACAAUGUAGCUUUUGGCCAGUAGCUCUGUUAUAAAUAACCUACCUUCAAA